AUGGAUCCACGUCAUAAACUCACCAAAUCACUGGAUCAGUUAUUCGUCGACAGCACAAAUCCCGCAAUCAUGAGUGCACGCACAGACGACGAAGCGGCUCGCAAUGCUGCCAGCUCGGGCGUCACGCCUGAGGCUAUCAAGCAGAAGCUGAUGGAGACUCUUGGAGCGACGCAUGUUGAGAUCGAAGACAUGAGUGGAGGAUGUGGGCAGAUGUUCGAGGCCAUUAUUGUCUCGCCACAGUUCACCAAGAAGACCACACUGGCAAGACACCGGCUGGUGAAUGCAGCGCUGAAGGAGGAGAUUGCUGCCAUCCAUGCCUGGACGCCCAAGUGCUAUACGCCUGAGCAGUGGGAGGAGAAGAAGCCGCAAUGA